AUGAGCGCUAUACUGGAACGCCACCUUGCUAAAGGAAAACUGCCAACAACGCUGAAGUCAGUGCUAUAUCUCGACCGACAAGUUCUUGUCAUGAACAAACCGGCAGGCCUCGUUUCUCAGCUCGGGCGACAACUUCCUGAAAUGAAGACCAGGGACACUUUGGACAAAGUCCUUAAACAAAUUGAACGGCGCCUCGAGCUGAAGGAGGCGCUACGCCCACUUCAUCGGCUAGAUACCGCUACAACUGGCUGUCUAGCCUUUGCCACCACACAAACAUCAGCGCGCUCUCUCAGCAAGCAGUUCGCCCAAGGACAGGUCGAGAAGUCCUAUCUCGCCCUUGUCAGCGGUGGAAAGGAAACGUUCCCCGGAACCAGUGGGAGAAUAGACACUCCUAUCAAGUACCAAGAUGGUUAUUUCGAUGGGUUAGGCACUGGUGGCAAACUUUCUUUGACAGAGUGGUCCCUCCUUGCGUCUUCGCCUGUUCUGCCUAUAUCUCUGGUUAGGCUUAACCUUCUUACCGGCAACAAGCAUCAGCUGCGCAUCCACAUGGCAAAGAAACUGGGAGCACCCAUACUCGGUGACGACCGUUACUCUAGCUCAAAGGUUGCCAGCAAGCUUCUCAGUGAAGGUCGAAUAAAACCCAAUCUUUACUUGCACGCUUCCGACAUCGCUUUUGUGCGGUACCGUCAGCGUGGACCUCAAAAGCGUUUCAGACUGGGAAUAACUGCCCCAUUGCCCGCCCACUUCGUCGAAGCAUGCAAGGCUUUCAGGAUUGAGCUCCCCAAGGAGUGUGAAGGCGGACUUUCGAUCAACGGCGAGCCAAUACCCGAGACGACGAUUCCAGAACUCGACGGUCAUUAUCUCCGCCAGGAACCCUCACCAACUACCCUCGACUAA